CGUUGAGAUAUGGGUUCUGAUUUAUACACCAUGAAUGAUAGUACUUCCAUCGAUCGAUGAAAGGAAGGUUGUUGCCUUGUUAGGGAUCACAUUUUCCUAAGAGGAAUUAUCAUUUCUCAUAUGUAUUUACCAGUAUAGUAUAUUUAUUCACCCAAACAAGAUCAAUUUCUAGAAAAUUUCUUCUCCUCCUCGAUCGUCUCGAAUUUUAUCUGCGGAGAUAUGGUGCGGAGAUGCUCAAAGAAACUGGCACGGUGCUCAUCACCAGAUUGGGCUUCCCUGCCGGAGGAGCUGCUUGUGUUGGUCCUCCGCCGCCUGAUCCAACUCUCCGACUACAUCCGCUUCGGCGCCGUCUGCAAGCCAUGGCACGCCGCCGCGGACCUCCAGAAGGACCAUCGGCGCAGAGAAUUAGUCCACAAACCGGAACUACCGAUGUUAUUGAUACCGCCACCAGCCAAGACGGCGGAGGAGGCGGACUACCACUGCCGGAGACUGUAUAGCGUCACCCGGAGAAAGGUCCUCAAUUUGGAGCUGCGAGUUCCUUAUCCCCGGAGGUGCUGCGGUUCUUCUCACGGAUGGUUAGCCACCGAGAACGAGGCGGACGCGGGCAUUACACUCCUUAACCCCUUCUCCGGUAAGUCCUUCCGCUUCCCUAAGGUGAGUCUUGACCAAUAUAUCAAACCCACCAUGAGACAUAAAUUUAGUUACGAACUUCAUAUCCUUAAGGUUGUUUUGUCCCAUGAUCCUGCCCUGAUGCCCAAUAAUGACUUCGUUGUCGUGGCAAUUUUUGAUAUGAUGAGGAGUUUAGCGUACAUCAAACCAGGCGACAAUAAGUGGACUUACAUACCGCCGAUAAUUAUGUCCUCCUUGACGGAUGCCAUAUAUCAUCUCGGAAAAUUUUAUGUCGUUGAUGUCUAUUCUGGGAUAUUCUGUGUGGAUAUUAGCAGUUUUAGAAAACCCCGAGUGGAAGUGGUGGCUCCUCGUACUCCCACAAAAGCUAACAAGGCAUAUAUUGUCAAAUCACGUGGGGAAGACUUGUUGCUGGUUCAGAGAUUUCUCGAAUGGAGAGGCAAGCCAAGACGAUGGGUGACCUCGUGUUUUAAGAUCUUUAAGGUGCUGGGCUUAGGAGGCGGUAGUAGUGGCGCCGGCAGUUCUGCUGCUGCAAGCGAUGGACAGAUUGUUGAGAGGGUUGAAAUCCAUAGUCUAGACGAUGACACCCUCUUCUUGGGGGAUAAUUAUUCUCUAUCUGUGUCUGCUUCAGAUUAUCCUGGGUGCCGUCCAAAUUGCAUAUACUACACUGAUGAUUGCAUCGACGACAAUCCUUAUGGCUCUCAAGACAAAGGUAUCUACUGCUUACUGGAUAGAAGAUUUGCGCCACAUUACCGAGCCAAAACAGAAGAGAAGUAUUUUCACUUGCCUCGUCCAAUCUGGAUAGUGCCAACGCUGCUGCCAUGACACUCCCUAGCAAUUUUUCUUCACUAGGCUAGCUCCAUUACUAAACAAGGGAGACGGAAUGAGAGAUUAUUAGACUGUGAAACCGAAAUAAAAGAAGACAU